AUGGAUGGAGAAUCCACAUCUGGGAUAAAUAAAAAAGAAUGGUACAGUCCAUCUAGGCUUGCAAGUUGGGUCAAUCAGGUUGCUUAUAUCUUCCUUAUGAACCUCAUACGGACAUCAAUUUUGGUGUCUUAUCUUCAAUUCUUUACGACAAGAGGAUAUAGGGUCACAACGUGGUUUCUAAUCGAUUUUGAUAUCCUCGAUUUCUCAAACUUUGGUCUUCAUCUUCCUGUUCAGGAGAGAAUUGUGUUGAUGUUUUUGAUGAGCUUGGGGUUGACCGCCUGCAUUGCUUCUGCUGUCAAAACAGCUGAAAUUUACAGGGCAAUUCUCCUUACAUACGAUGUUCCGUGGGAGGGAUAUAAUGUUUGGCUUAUGUGUGCCGUCGAAAUAAAUCUAGCGAUGAUAUCCCCAUCAAUACCCGUCCUUCGCCCGUUGGUGCAAAAGUACUUUCCAAAACUGGGAUUCAGACCUUACCAGAACAUGUCCGGUAGAACGGCUAGCCAAGGAAUGGAUCGAGAUACGUACCGGAUAGUAUUCAAAGACUUGAUGAGCGUUAUGGAAAUGGGAGUUCUACAGAGGCCCUCGAGCUAUCACCAUCCCAAACGGGGAUGGCACAUAUGCAGCUGGAAACAUCCCAUUCGGUAUUAA